AUGUAUACUCAAAAGCAACAGUUGUGUGAUCCAGGCGAGUUCUUUUGUCAUGAUAAUGUCACAUGUGUGUCACAGAGCUGGCUGUGUGACGGAGAACAGGACUGCCCAGAUAACUCAGAUGAAUCACUACAUCAAUGCCAAGAAAACAUUGUAUAUAAGUGCCCCACCAAUCACAUCCUGUGCAUCGGAACCAAAACCUGCAUCCAUUUCUCAAAGCUCUGCAAUGGAGUGUUCGACUGCAAUGAUGGUUAUGAUGAAGGAGUGCAUUGUCGGGAACUGCAAUCAACAUGUCAAAAACAGAGCUGCCAGUACCGAUGUGGAAUCAGCAGAAAUGGCACACAGUGCUACUGUAGGGAGGGCUAUGAUUUAGCAGCAGACAGGAAAACCUGCCUAGAUGUUGAUGAAUGUGGGGUAUAUGGCUCUUGUAGCCAGACUUGCAGAAAUACACAGGGUUCAUACACUUGCAGCUGUGUAGAGGGGUACUUAAUUCAGUCUGACAACAGAUCGUGCAAAGAAAAAAAUGAGCCUGCUGACAGACCUCCGGUUCUUUUGAUUGCAAACUCUGAAACAAUUGAAGUGCUGGAAAUUAAUGGGGGCAAAGCGCCCACCAGGAGCUCUAUGAAUGCAAAUGGAAUUCACACAUUGGAUUUUUUUUAUGAUGAAAACACAGUCUGCUGGAUCGAAUCCAAAAAGUCCUCAUACCAGUUGAAAUGCCACAAAAUAACAAAGACAUGGACAUUUACAGAAGAAAAAACUAUACAUUUAUCACAAUAUCUCCACAAUGUUCAACAAAUGGCUGUGGAUUGGCUCACUGGAAACUUUUACUUUGUGGAUCAUGGCAAUGACAGAAUUUUUACAUGUAAUCAUAACGGAACCGUGUGUAUCACCUUGAUAGACCUCGAUCUUCUGAACCCAAAAGCAAUUGCAUUGGAUCCAAUAGCAGGGAAGCUCUUCUUUACGGAUUAUGGUAAUGUGGCUAAGGUUGAGCGAAGUGAUUUGGAUGGAGGCAACAGAACAAGGAUAGUUCUUUCUAAGAUUGAGCAGCCAACAGCUCUCACACUGGACCUUGUCAAAAGGCUGAUUUAUUGGGGAGAUGCCUACUUGGACUGCAUCGAAGUGGCUGAUUAUGAGGGAAGAAACAGGCAUAUCAUUUUACACCGGAAGGAGGUUAGUCAAGUAUAUAGUUUAUCAUUAUUUGAAAAUUAUUUGUUUGCAACCAACUUGGACAACUCCAACAUUGUAAAGAUCAACAGAUUCAAUAACACAGAUGUCCAAUCAUUAUUAAUCCUGGAAAGCGCCCGUGGGCUAAAGAUUUACCACAAACGUGCUCAGCCUACAGUCAAGAGCCAUGCAUGUGAAAUAAACCCAGAUGGCAGGCCUGGGGGGUGUUCCCACAUCUGUCUGCUUGGAUCCAGCUACAAAAUAAGGACCUGUCGCUGCAAGACUGGAUUCAGCUUGGCAAGUGAUGGAAGGUCCUGCAAAAAACCGAAGAAUGAAUUGUUCCUCUUUUACGGAAAAGGACGUCCAGGAAUAAUUAGGGGAAUGGAUCUGAAUACAAAAGUUUCAGAUGAAUAUAUGCGUCCUAUAGAAAACCUAGUCAACCCACGAGCUUUGGAUUACCAUGCAGAAUCAAAUUACAUCUACUUUGCAGACACCACCAGCUUCCUCAUAGGUCGGCAAAAGAUUGACGGAACAGGGAGAGAAACUAUCCUCAAAGAUGAUCUUGACAACGUGGAAGGAAUAGCUGUUGAUUGGAUUGGGAAUAAUCUAUACUGGACGAAUGACGGACACAGAAAAACUAUCAAUGUGGCCCGGUUGGAAAAAGCAUCACAGAGCAGAAAAACUUUAUUAGAAGGAGAGAUGUCGCAUCCACGAGGAAUUGUUGUGGAUCCUGUAAACGGCUGGAUGUAUUGGACGGACUGGGUAGAAGAUGUGGUUGAUGACAGUGUGGGUCGUAUUGAGAUGUCCUGGAUGAAUGGAUUUAAUAGACAGGUUUUUGUGACCACUAAGAUGCUGUGGCCGAAUGGUUUAUCUCUGGACUAUGAGAACAACUUGCUGUACUGGUGUGAUGCAUACUAUGACCACAUUGAGCAGAUCCUCCUUAACGGGACCAAUAGAAAGGUAGUCGGUAGUGGGAAAGAAUUAAAUCAUCCCUUUGGCCUCUCUCAUCAUGGCCAAUAUAUCUUUUGGACAGAUUAUAUGAAUGGAUACAUAUUUCAGCUCAAUCUAAAAACUAAUAACAUUUCCCUACUAAGACAAGAGAGGCCUCCACUGUUUGGUCUUCAAAUUUAUGAUCCCAGGAAACAACAAGGUGACAACGCUUGCCGAGUAAACAAUGGAGGCUGCAGCACACUAUGCCUUGCCAUUCCUGGAGGGAGAGUUUGUGGUUGUGCUGAUAACCAGCAUUUGGAUGAAAAUAAUUCAACUUGUGUGUUUAAUAGUAAUGGAACUGUGCCAAAGCUGUGUAAUUUGGAAGAAUUUCACUGUAAGAAUCAGCAUUGUAUCCAAGAAGGAUGGAAGUGUGAUGGAGAAGAUGACUGCCUAGAUGGGAGUGAUGAAAGCGUUGAAGCCUGUUUGAACUACAGCUGUCCAGGAGAUCAAUUUAAGUGCCAAAGUAACCGCUGUAUUCCCAAGAGAUGGCUUUGUGAUGGAGCAAAUGAUUGUGGAAAUAAUGAAGAUGAAUCCAACGUGACCUGCUCAGCGAGGACCUGUCAGCCUCAUCAGUUCUCCUGCAGCAAUGGACGAUGUAUAUCAAAAUCAUGGGUAUGCGACCAGGAGGAUGACUGUGGGGACAGAUCAGAUGAAACAGCAUCUUGCGAGCUGCGGACUUGUGAACCUCAGACACAGUUUGUUUGUGGAAAUGGUCGAUGUAUCAGCUAUAAAUGGCACUGUGACUCAGACGACGACUGUGGCGAUGGCAGCGAUGAGCUAGGAUGUUCGGUCUCAUGUUCUGACAGACAGUUCCGAUGUUCCAGUGACCGUUGUAUACCAGCGCACUGGGUGUGUGAUGGAGACAAUGAUUGUGAAGAUUCCAGUGAUGAGACUCAUGCCAACUGCUCGAAAACAGUGCCUGCUUUAGGAUCUUGUGAAGGAAAACAGUUUCAGUGUCAGCCUGAUGGAAAUUGUAUACCAGAACUAUGGCUGUGCGAUGGGGAGAAGGAUUGUGAAGAUGGCAGCGAUGAGAAAGGUUGCAAUGGAACGUUGCGUCAGUGUGAUGCCAAAACAAAAUUUGCAUGCAAAAAUACAGGGAGAUGCAUUAGCAAUGCAUGGGUAUGUGAUGGCGAUAUUGAUUGUGAGGACCAUUCUGAUGAGGAUAAUUGCGAAGGUUAUAUGUGUGGACCACCCAAAUACCCCUGUGCUAAUGAUACCUCCAUCUGCCUGCAGCCUGAGAAGCUCUGUAAUGGGAGAAGAGAUUGUCCUGAUGGAUCUGAUGAAGGCGAAAUCUGUGAUGAAUGUUAUUUGAACAAUGGAGGCUGCAGUCACAAAUGCAGUGUGGCUCCCGGUAGGGGGAUUGUGUGUUCAUGCCCACAGGGAAUGUAUCUGAGUGUUGAUAACAAGACCUGUGACAUUGUGGAUUACUGCACAAAGCAUCUGCGGUGUAGCCAAGUUUGCGAACAGCACAAACAUGUUGUCAAAUGUUCAUGCUAUGAAGGCUGGACGUUAAAUCCUGAUGGAGAGACAUGCAACAGCGUUGAUACAUUUGAAGCUUUCAUAAUUUUUUCAAUCCGCCAUGAGAUAAGACGGAUCGACCUUCAUAAGAGGGAUUACAGCCUGUUAGUUCCUGGUUUAAGGAACACUAUUGCAUUGGAUUUCCAUUUUAAUCAGAGUUUACUGUACUGGACUGAUGUUGUGGAGGAUAAAAUCUAUCGAGGUCGAUUAUCGGAGACAUCGGGUGUAAGUGGAAUUGAAGUAGUCAUUCAACACGGUCUGGCCACACCUGAGGGCUUAGCAAUAGACUGGAUUGCUGGAAACAUAUAUUGGAUAGACAGCAAUUUAGAUCAAAUUGAAGUUGCUAAAUUAGACGGCAAAAUGAGAUCAACAUUGAUAGCAGGUGGGAUGGAACAUCCGAGAGCCAUCGCCUUGGAUCCUAGAUAUGGGAUUCUGUUUUGGACAGACUGGGAUGCCACCUUUCCACGCAUUGAGUCAGCAUCUAUGAGUGGAGCUGGGAGAAAGAUCAUCUACAAAGAUAUGGAAAGCGGAGCUUGGCCCAAUGGUCUCACCGUAGAUCAUUUUGAAAGAAGAAUUGUUUGGACAGAUGCCAGGUCUGAUGCAAUCUAUUCAGCCCUGUAUGAUGGAACUUCCAUGAAAGAAAUUAUAAGGGGUCAUGAAUACCUCUCUCAUCCUUUUGCUGUUUCACUGUAUGGCAGUGAUGUGUACUGGACAGACUGGAGAACGAAUACCUUGUCUAAAGCCAACAAAUGGACUGGCCACAAUGUCAGUGUUAUACAAAAGACAAGUGCACAACCAUUUGAUAUACAAAUUUAUCACCCAAGUCGUCAACCACAAGCUCCCAAUCCUUGUGCAACCGGUAACGGGAGAGGCCCCUGCUCCCAUCUGUGUUUGAUCAAUUUCAACAGAACAGCUGCUUGUGCCUGUCCUCAUCUAAUGAAGUUAUUCUCCAAUAAAAGGACGUGUCGCGAAAUGAAGAAGUUUCUCAUCUAUGCCAGGAGGUCAGAGAUACGGGGAGUAGACAUAGACAAUCCAUAUUUCAACUUCAUUACGGCUUUCACCGUGCCAAACAUUGAUGACGUUACAGUGGUGGAUUUUGAUGCUGCUGAAGAGAGGUUGUAUUGGACUGAUGUGAAGACCCAGACAAUCAAACGUGCUUUCAUAAAUGGAACAGGCCUGGAGACAGUCAUUUCUGGAGAUAUUCCCAGCAUCAGAGGGUUGGCGGUGGACUGGGUGUCCCGUAAUUUGUACUGGAUUAGUUCGGAGUUUGAUGAAACUCAAAUUAAUGUUGCCAGAUUGGAUGGCUCGCUGAAAACAUCAGUUAUACAUGGGAUUGAUAAAGCCCAGAGUCUGGCUGUUCACCCAGUCAGGGGGAAGAUAUUCUGGAUGGAUGGAAACAGUAUAAAUAUGGCAAAUAUGGAUGGAAGCAACAGCAAGAUCCUCUUUCAGAAUCAGAAAGAACCAGUUGGUUUAUCAAUAGACUAUGGAGAAAACAAGUUAUAUUGGAUCAGCUCUGGUAAUGGGACAAUAAAUAGAUGCAGCCUGGAUGGAAGUAAUUUAGAAAUAAUAGACUCAAUGAAGGAAGAAUUAACAAAAGCUACAGCACUAACUAUAGUGGAUAACAGACUGUGGUGGGCUGACCAAAAUCUUGGCCAGAUUGGAACGUGUAAUAAGAAAGAUGGAUCAAACCUAUCAAUUGUGAGGAACAAGACGUCAGGAGUCGUACAUAUGAAGUUGUAUGAUAAGGAGACCCAGCAAGGUAGCAAUCCCUGCCAGGUCAACAAUGGUGGAUGUUCCCAGUUGUGUUUACCAACCUCUGAGACAACUCGAACUUGUAUGUGUACGGUUGGAUACAACCUUCGAAAGAAUCGCAUGUCUUGUCAAGGUAUAGAGUCAUUUCUCAUGUACUCUGUGCACGAAGGAGUUAGAGGAAUUCCGCUUGACCCAAGUGACAGAAUGGAUGCACUCAUGCCAAUAUCUGGAACAUCCUUUGCAGUCGGCAUAGACUUCCACGCAGGAAAUGACACAAUAUAUUGGACUGACAUGGGAUUCAACAAAAUCAGCCGCUCUAAACGAGACCAGACUUGGCGAGAGGAAAUUAUUACAAAUGGUCUUGGGAGAGUGGAAGGAAUAGCGAUUGACUGGAUAGCCGGUAAUAUCUAUUGGGCAGACCAUGGUUUUAAUCUGAUUGAAGUGGCAAGACUCAACGGCUCCUUCCGAUAUGUAGUCAUAUCUCGAGGCAUAGACCAACCCAGAGCUGUCGCCAUACAUCCCGAGAAAGGUUACCUUUUCUGGACUGAGUGGGGGCAAACUCCAUGCAUAACUAGAGCCCGCCUGGAUGGGUCAGAAAGAACUGUACUGGUGAACACGGGAAUUGCCUGGCCAAAUGGAAUCUCGGUGGACUAUGAGGAAAACAAAUUAUACUGGUGUGAUGCCCGUACGGACAAGAUAGAAAGGAUCGACCUUGAAAGUGGACGGAAUCGGGAGAUUGUGCUGUCAGGGAGCAAUGUGGAUAUGUUUUCAGUCGUCGUCUUCGGGGCUUACAUUUACUGGUCUGACAGAGCACACUCCAAUGGCUCUAUCAGAAGGGGCCACAAGAAUGAUGCUACAGAUGCGGUUACCAUGAGAACUGGGCUCGGAAUUAACCUAAAGGAUGUAAAAGUCUUUAACCGAGCCAGAGAAAAAGGGACGAACAUCUGUGCAAAAAACAAUGGAGGAUGUCUACAAAUUUGCCUGUAUCGGGGUAAUAACCAAAGGACGUGUGCUUGUGCUCAUGGCUAUCUAGCAAGGAAUGGGAUUACAUGCCUAAAUCAUGAGGGUUACUUGCUCUACUCAGGAAGAACAAUUUUAAAAAGCAUUCACCUCUCUGAUGAAACCAACCUCAAUUCUCCCAUUCAACCCUAUGAAAACCCAGAGUAUUUCAAAAAUGUUAUCUCCCUGGCUUUUGACUACAAGUUCAAUGAAAAAGGAAACAAUCGUAUCUUCUACAGUGACGUCCAUUAUGGAAAUAUACAGUUAAUCAAUGAUGACUGGACAGGAAGAAGUGUCAUUAUUGAAAAUGUGGGCUCUGUGGAAGGUCUGGCUUAUCAUCGAGCCUGGGAUACACUUUACUGGACAAGCUCCACCACCUCAUCCAUCACACGCCAUACAGUAGACCAGAGUCGGAGAGGGGCCUUCAACAGGGAAGCUGUUAUCACCAUGUCUGAAGAUGACCACCCUCAUGUUCUAGCACUUGACGAAUGCCAAAAUUUAAUGUUUUGGACUAACUGGAAUGAGCAACACCCAAGUAUCAUGAGGUCCAUGCUCUCUGGAAGAAAUGCCCAGGUGAUUGUCAGCACGGACAUAGUUACACCGAACGGCCUGACCAUUGAUCACAGGGCAGAGAAACUGUAUUAUUCUGAUGGCAGCUUGGGGAAGAUCGAACGAUGCGAAUAUGAUGGAUCACACAGAUACGUUAUUAUUAGAUCAGGACCUGGCACGUUCCUGAGUAUGGCUAUCUAUGAUAACUAUAUAUUCUGGUCUGAUUGGGUAAGAAGAGCAAUACUACGUUCCAACAAAUACACCGGAGGAGAGACAAAGGUUCUCCGUGCUGAUAUCCCUCAUCAGCCAAUGGGAAUCAUUGCUGUGGCCAAUGACACCAACAGUUGUGAAUUGUCGCCUUGUUCCUACAUGAAUGGAGGUUGCCAUGACCUUUGCCUUCUCACUGCUGAUGGACGAAUCAACUGUUCCUGCAGAGGAGACCGAAUCUUAUUAGAUGACAACAGAUGUGUGACCAGAAAUUCAUCCUGCAACAUUUUUUCCGAGUUUGAAUGUGGGAACAGUGAAUGCAUUGAAUACGAGCUCACCUGCGAUGGUAUUGUUCACUGCAAAGACAGGUCAGAUGAAAAACAGUCAUAUUGUGAAAACCGGAGCUGCUGGAGAGGCUAUAAGCUUUGUGGGAAUAGGCGAUGUAUUUCCAACAAUAAAGUAUGUGAUGAUGAAGAUGAUUGUGGGGACAACACAGAUGAACUAGACUGCAAAGUUUCCACAUGUGCGUCCACAGAAUUUCGCUGCACAGAUGGGACUUGUGUUACUAAAUUGGCCCAAUGCAACCAGAUGAUUGACUGCUCAGAUGCUUCGGAUGAAAAGAACUGCAGCAACACUGACUGUUCUUAUUAUUACAAACUUGGAGUGAAGAAGGCUGGCUUUAUACCCUGUAAUUCCACAUCCCUGUGCAUCCUGCCAGAGUGGAUAUGUGAUGGUGCGAAUGACUGUGGGGACUAUUCGGAUGAAUUAAAAUGCCCAGCGAAAAAACAAGACAGGUGUGCAGAGAAUUACUUUGGCUGUCACAGUGGGAAGUGCAUUAUGAAUACCUGGGUUUGUGAUGGUCAGAAAGACUGUGAAGACGGGACGGAUGAGUUGCACUGCGGCACUUCCUGUUCAUGGAGUCAGUUCGCCUGCUCUAAAAGCAAGUGUAUAUCUAAGCAGUGGAUGUGCGAUGGGGAAAAUGACUGUGGGGACGGCUCUGAUGAAAGCGAUGCAGUCUGUGGUUCCUUGACCUGUGCUGCUGAUAUGUUUAGCUGUCCUGGUUCCCAUGCUUGUAUUCCCUUCCAUUGGAUUUGUGAUGGGGAAAGAGACUGUCCAAAUGGGAGUGAUGAACUGUCCACUGCUGGCUGCGCUCCUGUUACUACCUGUGAUGAAAAUGCUUUUAUGUGCAACAACAAAGUGUGCAUCCCUAAGCAGUUUCUGUGCGACCACGAUGACGAUUGUGGAGAUGGCUCAGAUGAAUCCUUGGAAUGUGAUUACCGGCAAUGUGCCCCUGAUGAGUUUAUCUGUGCUGAUGGGCGAUGCUUGCUAAAUUUCCACUGGCAAUGUGAUGGGGACUUUGACUGUCCUGAUGCGUCGGAUGAAGCUCCACUGAACAGAAAGUGUGUAAGCGCAGAACAGUCAUGCAAUAGCUCAUCUUUUAUGUGUAAAAAUGGGAAAUGUGUACCUGAGGGAGUUCUUUGUGACACUACGGAUGACUGUGGAGAUGGAUCUGAUGAGAGAGGCUGCCAUUUAAAUGAAUGUUUAAGUAAGAGAGUCAGUGGUUGUUCCCAAGAUUGUCAAGAUCUCCCAGUUGGAUACAAGUGCCAAUGCUGGCCUGGAUUUCGAUUAAAGAAUGAUGGGAAGACAUGUGUAGACAUUGAUGAAUGUUCAUACGGUUUUCCCUGUAGCCAGCAAUGCAUCAAUACAUACGGGACGUACAAGUGCUUGUGUUCAGACGGGUAUGAAAUACACCCUGAAAAUCAAAAUGGCUGCAAAUCUCUCUCAGUGGAAGACCCUUUCCUUCUUCUGGCUGAUCACCAUGAAAUAAGAAGAUUGAGCACUGAUGGUUCUAACUACACAAUGCUGAAACAGGGAUUAAAUAAUGCAAUUGCGAUAGACUUUGAUUACAGAGAAGAGGUUAUCUAUUGGAUUGAUUCCAGCAGAUCUAAUGGAAGUCGUGUUAAUCAGAUGAUUGUGAAUGGCAGUGAUGUAAAGGUAGUGCAUAACACAGCCAUACCCAAUGCGCUUGCCGUGGAUUGGAUUGGGAAGAAUCUGUACUGGUUUGACACUGAGAAGCGGGUUAUUGAAGUGUCCAAGCUAAACGGCUUGUAUCCUACCAUUCUGGUUAGCAAAAAGAUUAAAUUCCCAAGAAAUUUGUCCCUGGAUCCACAAACUAGAUAUUUGUACUGGAUAGACUGCUGUGAAAAUCCACAUAUUGGCCGUGUUGGAAUGGAUGGAGCCAAUCAAAGCGUUGUCAUAGAAACGAUGAUAUCUAGGCCAACAGCCUUGACAAUAGAUUAUGUCAACAAACGAAUCUACUGGGCUGAUGAGACUCAUAUUGAAUUCUCAGACAUGAAUGGAUUUCAUCGGCACAAAGUCCCUAACCAAGAUGUUCAGGGCGUGAUAGCGCUAACAUUGUUUGAAGACUACAUCUACUGGACAGAUGGGAAAACCAAAUCUCUGAACCGUGCACACAAAACCUCAGGAGCAGACAAGAUAUCACUGCUUAACUCUUGGCACACCAUAUCGGACAUUGAAGUGUACCAUGCUUAUAGACAACCUGAUGUGCCUGACCACCCUUGUAAAAUUAACAACGGAGACUGCAGCCACUUAUGUCUGCUUUCGCCAUACAAGUCACACACCUGUGCGUGCCCCACACAUUUCUACCUCGCAGAAGAUAAUAAGACCUGCCUAUCUAACUGUACAGCCAGUCAGUUCCGCUGCAACACAGAUAAAUGCAUUCCAUUCUGGUGGAAGUGUGACACCGUUGAUGACUGCGGAGAUGGGUCUGAUGAGCCUCCUGAAUGUCCUGAAUUUAAGUGCCAGCCAGGGCGGUUUCAGUGUGGCAGCGGACUAUGUGCUCUUCCAGCUUUUAUCUGUGAUGGAGAAAAUGAUUGUGGAGACAACUCAGAUGAACUCAACUGUGACACAUAUGUCUGCCUGUCGGGUCAGUUCAAAUGCACCAAGAAGCAGAAAUGCAUCCCAAUAAAUCUCCGUUGCAACGGCCAGAAUGACUGCGGAGAUGAAGAAGACGAGAUCGAUUGCCCUGAAAAUAGCUGCUCUCCAGAUCACUUCCAGUGUAAAACCACAAAGCACUGCAUAUCUAAACUCUGGGUGUGUGAUGAGGACUCUGACUGUGCUGAUGGAUCUGAUGAGGCAAACUGUGACAAAAAGGCAUGUGGCCCCCAUGAGUAUCAAUGCAAGAAUAAGAACUGUAUUCCGGAUCACUGGCGGUGUGAUGGACAGAAUGACUGCGGAGAUAAUUCGGAUGAAGAGUCCUGCAAACCUCAGACAUGUGCAUUGAAAGAGUUCCUUUGUGGUAACGGCGACUGCAUCUCAGCCAGAUUUUGGUGUGACGGAGAAUAUGACUGUGCAGAUGGUACAGAUGAGAGAAACUGUGAGAAUGGCUGCACCAAAGACCAUUUCCAGUGUGCCACCGGCCAGUGCAUUCCAACUAAAUGGAAGUGUGACGGGCAUGAGGACUGCAAAUCCGGAGAUGAUGAGAAGAAUUGUGAGCCAGCCUCUCCAACCUGUUCUGCCAGUGAGUAUGUCUGCGACAGUGGGGGGUGCAUCUCGGCGUAUCUCAGGUGUAACGGUGAAUACGACUGUGCCGAUGGCUCAGAUGAGGUUGAUUGUGUGACGGACUGUAAAGAAAACCAGUUUCGCUGCAGAAACAAGGCCUAUUGUAUACCAAUCAGGUGGCUUUGUGAUGGAAUCCACGACUGUGUGGACGGGAGUGAUGAAGAUAACUGUGAGAGAGGGGAAAAUAUAUGCAGAGCUGAUGAAUUCCUGUGCAAUAACACUCUUUGUAAGCUGCGUUUGUGGCUUUGUGAUGGGGAAGAUGACUGCGGUGAUAACUCUGACGAAGUGCCUGAAAUGUGUGUAAAAUUUACAUGCCCACCGACAAGGCCUUUCCGGUGUCAUAAUAACCGCAUGUGCCUGAGGACGGAGCAGAUUUGCAAUGAGCUGGAUGAAUGCGGAGAUAACUCUGAUGAGGCUCACUGUGGAUUGAGGCAGAAAGUGAAACCUUGCAAGAAGGAUGAAUUUACCUGCAAUAGUAAAAAGUGCAUCUCAUCGGAUCUACAGUGUGAUCAGUUUGAUGACUGUGGAGAUGGAAGUGAUGAGCAAGGCUGCAAAACAGAGCCAAGCUUAUACUCCUGUGAAGCAGAUGUAAAUCCUUGUGGAGACGAUGCCUACUGUAAUCAAACAAGCACACCUGCUUUUUGUCACUGUAAGACUGGCUUCCAAAGGAACGUGAAGAACAGACAAUGUGAAGACAUCAAUGAGUGUCUACUCCUGGGGAACUGCUCACACCACUGCACAAACUUGAAGGGGUCCUACAGAUGCUACUGUGACAGAAACUACUUAGAAAGAGGCCACAGCUGCAUUGUGAAAGACUCUGAAGAACAAGUACUCUACGUCGCCAAUGAUACUGAGGUCCUCGCUUUCAGAUAUCCCUUUGGCCGCACUGGGGAGCAUCAGCAAAUAUCACGUAUUGCGCACAACUCCCGAAUCACUGGGAUGGACAUGUAUCUUCAAGGCAAUAUGAUAAUAUGGAGUACACAGUUUAACCCUGGAGGAAUUUUCUAUAAUACCUUUCACGGCAGAGGGGGCAAAGAAACCAAAAGUGGCUUAAUUUGUCCUGAGUUUAAACGGCCUAGAGAUAUCGCAGUGGAUUGGGUAACAGGAAACAUCUACUGGACAGAUCACUCCCGUAUGCACUGGUUCAGUUACUACACCACUCACUGGACUAGCCUGAGGUAUUCCAUCAAUGUCGGCCAGAUAGACGGACCAAACUGCACACGUCUCCUCACCAACAUAGCGGGAGAGCCUUAUGCAAUUGCUGUAAAUCCCAAAAAAGGGAUGAUGUACUGGACAGUCAUUGGGGAUCACUCACAUAUAGAAGAAGCUGCCAUGGAUGGUACAUUAAGAAGAAUUAUAGUUCAAAAAAACUUACAGAGACCAACAGGUCUCGUCAUUGACCAUUUUAGUCAGCGUCUCUACUGGGCUGACUUUGAACUGUCCGUCAUUGGAUCAAGCAAGGUAGACGGCUCUGAUCUAGUUACGGUCCUGAACAGUAAACAAGGACUGAUGUACCCUCACAGAAUAGACAUAUUUGAGGAUUACAUUUAUGGAGCUGGCCUUAAAAAUGGUGCUUUUAGGAUACAGAAGUUUGGGAAGGGUGCUAUGGAAUAUCUAAACUUGAAUGUGGAAAAGGCAAAAAGUGUCUUAAUCGCACAUCACUACAAGCAGCCUCACAUGCCCAAUCCAUGUUUGGAUUUAAAGUGCGAGUACAUCUGUCUGCUAAACCCCACUGGAGCAUCUUGCGUGUGUUCAGAAGGGAAAGUUCUAGUUAAUGGGACAUGCUCAGACCAAAAUUAUGCAGACGACUUAUGCAAACUGACUUGUGAAAACGGAGGCAGAUGUAUUAUAAAUGAGAAAGGCGAUCUAAGAUGCCACUGCUGGCCCAGUUUCUCUGGAGAAAGAUGCGAAAUGAACCACUGCAGUAAUUACUGCCUGAAUGGAGGGACAUGUACAGCGUCUGCUCUAGGAAAACCAACCUGCAGUUGCACACUGGGAUACACAGGUCCUACCUGUGGUAGAAAGGUCUGCGACAAUAUUUGUCAAAAUGGGGGCUCAUGUAGCAUAUCAGCUGGCAAUCAACCUCUAUGUCACUGCCUUACUGAAUAUACAGGGGACAGAUGCCAAUACCAUGUGUGCCACCAUUACUGUGUAAACUCUGAGUCCUGCACCAUUGCUGAUGAUGGCCGCGUGGAAUGUGUGUGUCCUGUCCGAUAUGAAGGCUCAAAAUGUGAAGUGGACAAAUGUUUGCGGUGUCAUGGUGGACUCUGCAUUUUAGAUAAGAACAGCUUUGAUGUCUUGUGCAACUGCAGUAAUGGAAAGAUCGCCUCUAGCUGUCAGUUGUGUGAUGGGUACUGUUAUAAUGGGGGCACUUGUCGGCUGGACCCAGAGACAAAUAUACCUGUCUGUGUAUGUUCAGCCAACUGGUCAGGAAAGCAAUGUGAGAGGCCGGCUCCCAAGAGCAGUAAGUCUGACAAUUCUGGUUCAAGAAGCAUUGCAAUUAUUGUGCCUCUGGUUCUACUUGUGACUCUUAUAACAACUUUGGUUAUUGGGCUCCUUUUAUGUAGAAGACGGCGAAGGGCAAAAACAAUUAGACGACAACCUAUAAUCAAUGGAGGAAUGAAUGUAGAAAUUGGAAAUCCAUCGUAUAACAUGUAUGAAGUGGACCAUGACCACAAUGAUGGGACGCUACUAGACCCAAAUUUCAUCAUAGAAUUAGACAAGUCCAGGUUCAUAGCGGGUGGGCCUACCGCUUUCAAACUGGCCCAUACUGCACCGCCUAUCUACCUAAAUUCAGAUCUGAAAGGACCACUAGCACCAGGGCCAACAAAUUACUCCAACCCAGUUUAUGCAAAACUUUUUGUGGAUGGACACAAUUGUCGGAAUUCCUUAAUCAGCAUAGAAGAAAGACGAGAACUUCUUCCAAAGAAAAUAGAAAAUGUUAUCCGGGAGACUGUGGCUUAAUCUCUGCUGUUCCAUUACCUUUUAUACUCUGUAUAAAUGUAUAAAAUAGGAUUACUUUUCUAUGUACCAACAGUAUUAUAAUUGUUUUGUCAUCAGCAUUACCUCUUUUUUCAUUUUUGUUUCGUUUUGCUGAUGACCAGACUGACCGUUUGUAUGGUAUUUUUAUGAAAAAUAAACUGCACUACGGUACAAUUUAAUCUAUAAAUGCUGCUGUUAUAGUAGACCAUUUUAUUUGUUAACACAAAAGAACACACUAUUCCUUUGUAGUGUAAAAUAAGAAAUCCCUUUUAUAUGAACUUUUGUAGGUUCAAUAUUGUCUUUUCAUUAAAUAAUACAAAAUGACAGUCACUUUGUUAGGAACAGAUUAGUUUGAAUUUCAAUAUUUACAACAUUUUAAUAUAUGCCAUUUAUAUUGGUACAGCUAUAAUUAGAGAGCAUCCUUUACGUUCUCAGAUCUUAAAACACUUUCCAAGUAACAUACUGUAAACUUCGGCCAAACCUCCCAACAUUCAUGAGGUUAUUAUUAUGAAAAGGACAAUGUUUACCUUCUAUUAAUCCACCAGGCCAUGAACUUUUGUGCACAGAAAAUCUGGAUGGAUGUGGGAUGUAAUCCCUGGCUGUGAGAUGGAAAAAAUAAAGUUUGAAUUUAUAUAGCAACCACAUCUUUGGCUUUCAACAAUAAUUCCAGGUUUACUUGCAAUCAUUCUUGCCUAAAGGGACCCACACAUCUACAGUAGUCUACAUUGGGCAAUUUCCCAUUCUGCUGAGGUUGAGGUAUCCGAGAAACCCAACAUUUGGAACAAUCUAGAUUCCCCAAAAUGAUCAGAAUUUAUGAUUUGGGAAUUUCUAACAUGUUGAAUUUCCCCGAUUCCCCAAUGGGUCAACAAUUAUCAAUGUUCACCAAUGGGCAGAUUGGAUUGUCGAACGACAAUGUAUUGCCCACGUAACAUCUGCCAAUGAUCUACAGUUGUUAUUAUUUUUCAAACAACACUGAUCUUUGAAGAAAUCUUUAACAUUAUGUUUUACCAUAUAUGCAUUUUCGUUAUUAGCCAUCUGAAAGAAAACAAUUUGGUAUGUGUUUCAAUAUUCCCAAAUUGGAGUUCUGCCAAAACAUUGUAUAAAGAUUAUAUGUAUGGUAUGUUUACAAAAAAGACAAAUAUUUCAUUUUGCUAAGUUUUUAUUUUUAUUGAAUUAUUAGUAUUACUCUAUAUCUUUUCAAAAUGGAUCUCACUUCCACUACUGCACUUACCUCCAUAGACAUGGGAUUUCAUAAAUAGGAAUGUCAAAAAUGCUUCAUAAAUAUGUACUUAAUUUCUACAAUAUCUGCCUUAGCUGUCCAAACCUUUUAUAACAUUCUCUUUCCAAAAUGGUGUUACUGUACUGUUUUUUUGUUUAUAUAUAUUUUUUUAUAAACAGCUUACUGUUUUAUAGCGCAUAUUGCUGCACACAGAGCAGUUGAUUGGCCUAAGUCAGUGACUUAGGACAGACACUGUCAGAAACACAGUAACAUGCAUUGAUCAAUUUGCAAUCAUUUUAUGCAAAACCAGGAAUUCUGGUGUUUAGAAAAAUAUAAAAUAAAUAUCACACACUGCUGUAUCUUACAUCAAAGAUAUUUAGAGUUUAAUGUCACUGUUAUUUGGAAAUUGACAUCUUUAAACAAAUAAAACUAAUUGCAAAUAGUGAAUAAAUGUUAGUACAUUUAUUGCAAUACCAAAAAUGCAAUGAAAAUAGAACAGAUUUUUUUCAAUUGUCAACUUGUUAUAGGCAGUACAAAUAAAAACAAUAUUCCAAUGCGCAUUGUAAAAAUGAGUGAACUGAGAGAACUACAAUUUAUAAUGUACACUGCAGGGCUACACUUUCCAAUGAAUUUCUUAUUGAACCUUACUUUACUACAGUAUAAGUAAACCUGUAAACCUGAUUUUGUUUGCUGUCCUCUAUGAAACCUUUAUUUCAUUCCUCUCUGCCUGGUCAGGGCACAGUGGUCUUAAUGAGCCCUUAGCUAUUUAACAAGUCUGAUAGAAGGCACAUACAGUGUCAUAGAGAGCUGUGCCCUUACACUUUUUGGGUGUGUGGCCUGAUUGCAGAGACCCAGAAGGCUUCAAAAGGAGUCUGCUGUAGGUGGGGAGUAUUGGGGGGCAUUGUGUAGCAUACAGUGAGGCCUACCUCCCACUGUCCAGUGCAGGGGGAAAUGUUGAGGAAGCACUCAGUCAUCAUUGCUCUGCGGUGCAUUUUGAAUAGAUGCCAUGCGCAUGUGCAUAACAUCUAAACAGUGCAGGUGGUGAUCCUGGAGCAUGUCCCCAAAGUGAUAGGAGUGAGGGCACAGUCCAAGGCCACAACCCUUUCAUGUGAGACCAUGUCCCUUUUUUUGGUAGCACAAAUUCCCUUAUUCAUACUAUUAAAUGUUGGGAGGUGUGUUUGGGGGAUGGGGGGUGGUUGCAAACUGAAUGGCCCGCCCUGGGUGCCAAAUAUUAUAUGUCAGGUAUGCCACUGAACCAAACCAAAGUAUUACUCAUCUUAACUUAACUUAAUAUAGAAUUGAAUCUGAUAAAUGUAGAACCAAGUGUGAUAAAUGGAAGUAUAGCCUUACUAUGGUUAAGGCACUCUUCUGAUACCAAGUACCAUAUAGCAUUUGUUAGCACCACAAACUAAGUGUUGUAUCAUUUGUAUGUGGUGUAAAGUUGUAUUAUAUGCAAUUAUUUUAACUGCAGAUUGUAUACUGUAGUGAAUCAAGGCAAAACACGUGAUGGUCUUGUGGGCACAGGAAAAACAAAACAAUUUUUUUCCCAAACCUUAAGGUGCCAGGAAAAAAUACAAAGUGCUGACAGAUCUUAUCAUCAGUUAGGCAUUGCAAUGUCAGUGAAUGCUAAGGUUUAAAUACUCUUAGUACUAAGAGCAGUUUAAAAGGCAAUCUGAAACCUAAACGCGAGUAUGUAGUCAUACAGUGUAAGACAGAAAAAAGAAGAAAAAAUUGCUGCGCCUAUGUCUACCAGUUAUACAUUAGCAGGACUGAUAUCCUCAACCUGGAAUUAACAGUGUCAAAUGUACGUACGCCUCUAUAAGGAGUUGUGUGCUACUCCUGAGUUGGAAGGAUCGGAAAGAAAAAGGGUUAGAUAGAGGCGCUCAUUUCAUUCUGACACUGUGAAGUCCUAGUUUUUUCGCAACCAAAGAGUCAGAUAAAAAUAUAAAAUAAAUAUUUAUUAUAGACCAAUAUAAAAUACACUUUGCUUAGCACAAGCUCAUAUGUAAAAUAUAUUGCAUAAAACCCUAUCCUCACUGAAUUGCCACGUAUGUUGAAUUUAGAGCUCACAUAAAUUGCAUAUAUUGUUUCAACGGAUGAUAAGAACAAAAAUGCCUACUAGAUACCAACUAGAUGGCUAGCAGCAAUCCAAAUGAAACAACUAUUGCCACACUGUUGCCAAGGCUGCUGUAUAAAGCUGUUAAGUUGUUAAAUGAAACACAGUUGCUGAAUAUAGAUAGCAAUGCUGAGAGCAAUUAUAGGCUCUAUAUUCUUGGGCUGUAUUGUGAAUCGCCUCAAAGUUCCAGAAGCCGGUACAUAGAUGGAAAUAAAUUGUUGAAUUACCUCUCCAAUAGGGCUAAAAAGACCCGAGCGUCCUCGGGUAAGUCCAGAGAGCCCAAAUAGGUUGUAGAGUUGGAGGGUUUAACCGUACAGGCCAGGAUCACGCUGUUGUAAACCAGAUUCCCCUGGGCGUACACCACCCGCUGCAGUGUGUGGGGAAAGACAGGUGUGCGGCUGAUUCAAUGAAAGCCGCUGCAGGGAUCCAGUGUGUGGUGAAGCUCCUCCAAUACUCCCUGGACACGCACCGUCCGUUAGAAAUGAGAGGGAGAGAGGCUGAUGAUCGGCCACUACAGCCGCACGGAACUAACACUUCGGCUUCGUCCUGUACUGGACCACGUACCGCUUGCUCCUGUAGCCGGUAGAAUAGGGCUAUGCGAAGUGUCCCAGAGCGUGUGGUCGGUCAGUGAGAAAGGGGGAGGAGUACUGACGCAUUUCAUCACGUGACCCGUGACUUUUUCAAAGAUGACUCCAGUGGCAUUGUGUACUCUAUUUAAGGUGCUCACAAUAAAACACUCACAUGUUUAAUCAAUACAAUCAGCAGUAAACCUAUUAGAGGACAAUUCAUCAAGACACCUUUGGUUGUUUUAAUUGCAAUGGCUUAACCAACAGUUGAAUAGAGACUUUCUCUAUCCACAGAUAGUGUUUCUGAAUACAUUUUAUAGAACACUCUAUAGAACAAUGGCGGAGUUAACUAAUAGUUAAAUAAUACAGUGUAAGCUCUGACUUACAAUGGACUCUAAUUGUCUGAAUAAAAUUUUGCUAAAAGUUAAAUAGAUAAAAAAUAUACAUAUUUGAAAUUUACUAUUUUGCUUUUAACGCUAUGAAGAUAUCAUGAUCAUCUAUCUGAAAAUGGGCAAUAGUCUGUUAUAUAGACUGUUAUAUAAAAGGAAAGGUAAUAUGGAAAUGCUCUGUUCAUUUUUAAUUGAUUUUUUUUAAAGUCAGUACAUUUUUAUUUAUUAAAGUCAUUGCUAAUAGACACAGACUGCAAAAUUGCAGAUUGUUCAGGGGUAUUAUAACAGCCCCCAGUGAGCAGCUCCUGAACCAUUUUCGGAAUAGUACAUACAGUACAGUAUAUUCAUUAGGAAAAGGCAUUACAGACAUUGUUCAACUUCAAAUACAAUAUAAUCAAAAUGUUUUGCACAGCUCAUUUGCUAUUAGUUUCUAUUAAAGGCAGAAUGAAAGUCAAUAACAGAUUUGCAGAUAUACCCAUCAAGUGUUAAUUUGAAUUUAAAAAAACAAAUUGGCAGUGUUCUACUCCACCAGUUGGUUCAGUCUGUGACAAUCCUGUCCCUGAUGACUGUAUUUGAUUUUUUUCAGAUAUACUGACAAAUGUGGUCUGACUAAAAUUUCAGCUAAGUUUGUUCAUUUUGUAUUUUUGUAAUAGUGACAGCAUUUACCGGGACAAAGAAUGGGACAUAAUGUACUCCCAUUUUUUUAUUUGACAUGUUUUUGUCAAAUACAGUAGUAUUUAACAAAUGUCUAAGAUGUGAAUACAUUUUCAUAUAUAAAUAACACCAGUUCGUGGGCUAAAUUUUAAGAAAAAUGUUACAUCCAUUUAAAUAGUAAAUUGUGAUAAUUGAGGGAUAAAUGUAAUAGACCACAAUUUAAAUAUAUUUGAAGCAGCAAUUAGUUGCCACUUUAAUUCAAAUAACUAUCUCACCAGAAUUGUGGACUAUAACACGGGUCCGUGAAUGCUUUUGCUUUUAAUUUAAAUGGGUCCUUCCACUUUCAGACAACUUUUAAUUUAUUUGUUUGCUGUGCAAUCGGACUUGCAUAGAAUUGUACACUGAAAAGUUUAGUAAAAUAUCUCAUAGUAAUGAUAAUUAAGGAUCUUCUAAGUAAAUUGUCACUUAAAGUCAAGUAACCAACAUAGGGACCAAAGAGCACUGUGCAUUAACAGAUAGAAAUGUAUUAGCAGCUUGACAUAAUCAGCCUAGUGCAAGUUAGACUCAAUGACUAUGUUACAGUAUGUGGUACUGUACCUCUAUUAGAGGAUAAUACUCACUUUAGAUUGAGAACAUAAACAAAGCAACUAAAAUUUUGGUGGUGAAUGAAUUGUAGACCUUGCCUGACAUCCUGGGGGUCUUUAUGUGUAGUGGAACCACAAAUUACAGGUGACAGUUGGCUGCAUUUGAUCAUUUUCAGAAACUUUGCAAUUCAACCUAAAUGACACUCAGCCAAUAGAAAGCCCUCCCCCCAAAAAAACCCCAAACAAACCCAUAAUUAUAGCAAUUAUAUAUCUCCUACAUUGCUAUUUUCUACAUUGUAAUAAAGAAAGAUUUAGGUUCCUUUUUUUUCAUUCUAACUCCUGUUGCUAAUUUAGAGUGCGUGUAAGGUCAAAAAUGCCAAUCGUGUGAAGUACCAAGGAUAAAAUAAUGUUUUUAUUUGAUAACUACAUUUUAGAACAUUGUUCAUAGUAGCAGAAUCACAAUUAGUAAAUAAAUGGAAUCAGUAAUUAGAUCAGAUUCCAUUACACUGUUUUGACACAUCUUGAUUUAUUUAUUGUUACAAAUUGUUCAGCAGUAAAAGAAUAUUUUACCAUAAACAUUUUUUUUAUAAUUAAUUACAUUUGUGCGAUAUUGUUUUGUCUUUAGUUCUAUAGUAAUUUGACAUAAUGUGCACAAUGUAUGUUAUUAGUUCUGAAUUUAAGGAACUGGCAUGUUUUUUUUACUUAUGAUGCGUAAUUUAAAACAGCAUCCAGUUUUAAGGCAAAUCCAGCCUUUUAACCAGUUGCCACUUUAAAUUUAACUUGCAGAAAACAUGCUGGUUUCUUAAACUGUGUCCGACUGACUUGCAAAAGUAACAAGGUAAUUAUCAUAAUAAAAUACAUUUUUAUUUUAAUAUCACAAAUUUAAGAAUAAUUAAAUGGACAUUGCAAUAAAGUCAUUCUCUCACCGAACCUAUGUAUAGUGGUCUGAGUUGACUGUUGUUGAUGUCUAUUUUUCAAAUCCAACAGCAUCAACUGUGUGUAGUCAAUUAAAGGAGUUUAUAGCACAGUCUUAUUUGUAUCUUUAAAUUUGUGAUAUUAAAUAAUAACCAAUUAUUAUUAAAUAAUUCUCAAUUUAAAAAUCUAUAUAUUUAUUUUGAUUUAAUAAUUAUAUUAAUAUAGUGAUCAUAUUUUAUAAUAAUUCCCCUUUGCAUUUAUAAGUAUUAUACAGAAGGAAAAAAUAAUACUAACCAAAUACUAACCAAAUAUUGACAUAAACUACUUUGAUAAUUAUCUAAUAACAAAUGUUGACAUUUUGUAAAACAUUAGAAAAGUAUGAAAAAGUAUGAAAUGUAUUCUUUGGUCAACAAAUUCUAUGGUCAUAAAGAAAUAGAUUAUUUAUAUAGUAGAUGUUGAGAGGCACAAAAUAUGCAGUUAAUAUUGAAUCAUGAAACAGGGCUUAUAAUUUUCCAUUCUAAUUUUUUUUUUACCAUAACCAAAUAAAUGGAUUGUUUGUAUGCUCUUUUCCCUUUGUACAAUGACAAACAAGAAAAAAAUACUGUUUUAUACGUUUUUUGUUAAACAAUGUGCAUGCAAACUACCUAUUUCUAAAACCCGCCAUAUUGAGGCCUUUAUAAAAUAUUGAUUUAUGUAAUAUUUGUGAAAUUUUGCUUGACAAAAACGUUCUACAUAUUAAAGUAGGUUCUCAUUUUAUUGCAUAUAUUUUUAACAUUUUGGUUAUGACAGUCACUUACAUUUUUAUAAUUAAUUGUUCAGUAAUUUCUAAACAAUAACUAUUAACUGGAUUAUGUAACUGAAUGGUGCAUAUAAAGUUAACUGUAGUUUGUAAAGCUUUUAAGUAACAAGCUGAUGGCUAACUAAAAAUAAAAUAAUUUUGUACAUAAGAACUACAGUAAGUAACAAAGUGACAAUCAAAUACAUCAUUGUUUUACGAAAAAAGCAAACAACCAACCAACAGAAAUGUUUUGAGAAUAAUUGUGCUCAUGGUAUUUUCAAUAGUGAAAGGAUGUCCUUGAAUUAUGCUCAUUAAAAAGAAACAUUGUUUUUUAUAUUCAUAUGUUGCUAUUGGUGGCUUUUAUACUAACGUUUCAAGACACAUUUUAUGCCAUUAAAAUGGUUUUUACGACUU